AAAGAUCCCAUGAAAAAACCAUAUACAGUUUGGCAGUUCAGGUUGCGGUUGCAGGCCGCGCAGGGCUUUGGGUUUGGGGAGAAGUCACUCCCUUUCCAAUCUGACAUUCUAUCUAACCCCUGCCACUUUGCCUAUGCAUAUAUAAUUAGCCAUUUGUUUUUUUUUUUAUCACAAUUAAUUACCACCCACAUUUUUUUAUAGCCUUUGACACCUUCAUUUCCUUUUUAACUUUCCCUGGAUUUCCCUCUUCUGUGUCCCUCCCAAGUCUCCGGCUUUUUUUUUUCCAAGCAUCCAAAAGGUAUUUUUUUUUCUUCCUGUGUGUAUAAAUCCAUUUUUUUGUCGGUCUCCUGACAUUUGUCGUUUUUAUGAGAAACCCAGAAAAGAUAUCACCUUGUUUGUUUCAUGACUGUUUUAUUGAGGUUGCUAUAAAAUUGGGUGUGUUACAGAAUUUAUGCUUUCCCUUGCUUGGAUCUGGCGUUUCAAUUGUUUGAUAGGAUAAGAUAGGAUUGAGUUGAAUUGGAAACCAAUUUGGUGGUGAUAAGUUUAGGAUAUUUGUGGGUUUUGGCACAUACUGAUGCCAGGUGUUCCCAUGGAUGAAAUUAAAGAAGAGGGUGUGAUGAAUGAAAUGAAAGGGACUUCUGCACAUGUUAAGGAAAAUUCGGUUUCCAAGAUAACACCAAGUCCGCAAAGCCCUCGUGGUGAUAGGAUGGUUCAGGUUGAGACCUCUAUUGAGCAGCUUUAUGAGAAUGUAUGUGAUAUGCAGAGUUCUGAUCAGUCACCUUCGAGGCAGAGCUUUGGAUCAUAUGGUGAAGAGUCCAGGAUUGAUUCGGAAUUGCACCAUCUUGCUGGAGGAGAGAGUACAGAAGUUGAGAUAAUGAAAGGGGAGGAACAGGAGGUGGAUAAACCAGAAGAUGAUAGUCGUAGUAAUUCAUCUUCUAAGAAGGGAAGCUCAUCGAGUGGUAAGAAGUCAGGGCUGCUGGACAAGCCCAGACCCACAGGUGUAAAAUCCAUUUCUUCAGGUGAUGUGAAGAAAGUGUCUCGGCCACAACUGGACUCUGAAUCAUCAACAAAACCCAAUGUUAAGGGGAAAACUCCACCUGAGAAACCUCCCAUCAAUAAGGGGAAAGUUAAGACUCUGAAGAAACCAAACACGGGAGUCUUACCCAUGAAGAAAGGGAAAGGAUCAAAGCUACAAAAUGGAACUGAGGAUGCUUCCGAGUCGGGGUUAGGUAAUCCUGAUCUUGGGCCGUUUCUACUCAAACAAGCUAGGGAUUUGGUGUCUGCAGGAGACAAUCCCCAGAAAGCUCUUGAACUAGCACUUCGAGCAGCCAAAUCGUAUGAACUUUGUAGCAGUGGAAAACCCAAUUUAGAAUUGGUCAUGUGUUUACAUGUCACAGCAGCUAUAUAUUGCAGCCUAGGCCAGUACAAUGAGGCAAUUCCUCUUCUUGAACAAUCAAUCGAGAUUCCAGUGAUUGAGGAAGGCCAAGAGCAUGCCCUGGCUAAGUUUGCCGGUCAUAUGCAGUUGGGUGAUACUUAUGCUAUGCUAGGACAGCUAGAGAACUCAAUAACCUGUUACAGCACUGGUUUUGAAGUCCAGAAACGAGUUCUUGGAGAAACUGAUCCUAGAGUUGGUGAGACCUGCCGGUAUCUGGCUGAAGCUCAUAUGCAGGCAUUGCAAUUUGAUGAAGCUCAGAGGCUAUGUCAAAUGGCUCUUGACAUUCACAGAGAGAACGGUACGCCGGCUUCUCUUGAAGAGGCAGCAGAUAGGAGGCUCAUGGGUCUCAUAUGUGAAACAAAGGGAGACCAUGAAGCUGCUUUGGAGCAUCUUGUUUUAGCCCGUAUGGCCAUGGUGGCAAAUAGCCAGGAGGCAGAGGUGGCUUCUGUUGAUUGCAGUAUUGGAGAUGCAUACUUAUCUUUGUCUCGAUAUGAUGAAGCUGUUUUUGCCUAUCAGAAAGCACUUACAGCUUUUAAGACAACUAAAGGAGAGAAUCAUCCAGCGAUUGGGUCAGUCUUUGUCCGGUUGGCUGAUUUGUAUUACAGGACAGGGAAAUUAAGGGAAUCAACAUCAUACUGCGAGAAUGCCCUUCGAAUCUAUGAAAAGCCCAUGCCAGGGAUUCCCCCGGAGGAGAUUGCCACUGGCCUCACUGAUGUUUCUGCCAUCUAUGAAUCAAUGAAUGACCUUGAUCAGGCAAUCAAGUUGCUGCAGAAGGCCUUAAAAAUAUACAAUGAUGUCCCUGGUCAGCAAAGCACAGUAGCUGGAAUUGAAGCUCAGAUGGGAGUUAUGUACUACAUGUUGGGGAAUUAUUCAGAAUCUUACAACUCCUUCAGCAGUGCCAUUUCGAAGCUACGCAUAUGUAGAGACAAGAAAUCUGCCUUCUUCGGCAUUGCUCUCAAUCAAAUGGGGCUGGCUUGUGUGCAACGCUAUGCUAUAAAGGAGGCUGUUGAGUUGUUUGAAGAAGCUAAAAGCAUUUUAGAGCAAGAGUGUGGACCGUACCACCCUGAUACACUCAGCGUAUACAGUAAUCUCGCAGGCACUUACGACGCAAUUGGCAGGUUGGAUGAUGCCAUUGAAAUACUGGAGUAUGUUGUUCAGACGAGAGAGGAAAAACUGGGGACAGCAAAUUCUGAGGUAGAUGAUGAGAAGAAAAGGUUGGCUGAACUAUUAAAGGAAGCAGGAAGAGUUGAAAGCAGAAAAGCCAGAUCAUUAGAAACCCUUCUUGAUGCCAACCCUCAUCAUAAUUCUAAAGCUGAGGGAUUUAAGGUAUGAAUAUGCUAAACAUGAAUUUAUGUACUUUAUGAUUGAAGAUAAUAUAUUAUAAAUGGAGAAAGAAAUGAAAGAAAAAAGAACACAGAGUUAUGUUUUCUUUUCCCUUUUCUUUUUUGUUGGAUAGAUUCUCGGCAUGGAGAUGGGUAUAUAUAUAAAUACUAUGUUGAUAAUAAAAAUGGGUGGACAGUGGGAGUUUGGGGGUGAAAGAGGUGUACUAUUUAUUGUACUUUUAUAUUUGAUUAAAGGUUACUUUUAAGUCUC